AUGAAGAUAAUGAAUGGUUGUUUGCGGUCGCUCGGAGUUGUUGCUUUCGUACUGGUCAACAACAAAAUGCCCUAUAAUGAGCAGGUGGCAAGCAACGAUGUAAUUGUGGAAGCGCAGCGUCAGCGUUCCUAUCGCUAUUCGAGGAAGCUACAGAUCAGCCAGGCAUGCCGAUGCACCAUCGACUGGAUGAUGACAUUUGAUUAUGAUGCAAGACCCAGCAUACAACAGGUUAGACAUUGCCCCCAAAAUAACCUUCAUUCUACAAACCGCGGAACCUGCUGA